CCGGUCGCGCGGGUAAUUUCGAGCCCGGCGGGCGGGAGAAGUAAAGUUUUGGCAGCGACAGCUGGACGUCAUGUCUCUCUCGGUGGCUGAAUUGCGGUGGCCUGAGCACCUUCUCCCGCUGAAAGAAGUUGAUAACUUGUUGCGUUGUGGGAUAUGCUUUGAUUACUUCAACACUGCAAUGAUAAUUCCACAGUGUUCACAUAAUUAUUGUUCUCUCUGUAUUCGCAAGUCGCUGUCCUAUAAAGCUCAGUGUCCUACAUGCUGUGUGGUAGCCACAGGACCUGACUUGAAAAAUAACCGGAUAUUAGAUGAGCUGGUACAGAACUUUAUUUCUGCAAGACAGCGGCUGUUCCAGGCAGUUUUGGACUCUCCACCAAUUUCUUCUCCAUCUCUGUUUCCCAAAAAAGCUCUUCUCCAAGGCCACAUUUUGAGUUCCCCAGAUGGAUUAGCUUUAGAACAGAAAAAGCGAUUUGCAGAUAUCUUUCCAGUCAAGGAAAAUAUUCAAACACCUAGAAAACAUUUAAAAUCACCUGACAGGGAAAAAAAGUUUAAAAUAAAGCAAGAAGAGGACCCCUGUAGUCCAGAAGGAGGUUAUGAGGCAAUUGGCAAAGAAGCAGCAAAUUUAAGUCCCAUUGGAAGCACCAGAAAUUCUGAAAUGCCCUCCACAUCUGCAACAAGAUUUGUCACAAAGGUGGAGUGUCCUGUCUGUGCGGUUCCUGUUCAAGAACUACAUAUAAAUAAGCACCUUGAUGGUUGCCUGACAAGAGAUGAGAAGAAAGACAGUCUCCGAAGCUCUGGACAAAAAAGAAAGUUACUACCUAAAGUAGUUUACAAUUUACUUUCUGACCGUGACCUGAGGAAAAGACUGAAAGAACAUGGAUUGUCCACCCAGGGAACAAAACAACAGCUUAUUAAAAGACACCAAGAAUUUGUGCACAUGUAUAAUUCACAGUGUGAUUCUUUAAAUCCUAAAUCAGUUGCUGAAAUAGUAAAAGAACUGGAAAAUAUUGAAAAGAUUCAAGCACAACUUGAUUCCAGUAAGCCCAAAGAAGAUGGCAUGACAUUUACAAAGCACCAGACAGAGAAUGAAAUAGAUGAAAUUCAUAGAGAUUAUCGAAAGAAACACAAAGCUGAAUUUCAGCUUUUAAUUGACCAAAUGAAAAAGCGAAAGAAAAAUGCAAGUAAAGAAGAGAUAAAGGAAGAAAGACCAGAGCAGAAAGAAGCAACCACUGAAAAAGUACCUAUAGAAAUUGGAGAAAAAUUAAAUGUUGAAGAGCAAAGUGACUGGGCCUCUGUCAGCGAUGAGUCCCCUGAAACAGAAGCUCCAGGCUGGGAAGGAACCCAUUCUCUUGUUGCCACCUUUCAGUCCUCUGCAUCCUCAAACAGCUCAAGUUCAGACAUCAUAAGAGAUUUAGAAAUUGCUGGGAUGUGUUCAAGCUCGUCAGAUAAUUUGCCGAAAAUGAAAAUGGCCAAGCAAAAAUCACAACAUUCAAGAAGCAGCUCACUAAUAUCCAAGAGUAAGCGAAGAAGAAAAUAGCAGACAUUUCAGACACUGUAUUUUGUUACAGAAAUUUCUAAAAUGAUUUUACUUCUGAAGUUUUAGAGGCAUAUAUCUGGACUCAAGUUCCAUUCCCAGCAAUGAACAUCGCUUCAAAAUAAAUGUAUCUUUAAUAUUAACAGCUGUAUAUCUGAGUGGCGUGAAAAGUAUUACACUCAGAACGUAAGCAG